UGUGAGGGAGAAAAAAAGAUUAUACAUGUCUUGUGUCAGCUGAAAAGAUAUUUUUAUCUGAGAUUAGUUUUACCUAUAUAUACUCUAAAACGAAGUUAUUUGCAUUUUAUAUCAGUCAUCAGUUUUCGAAUAGAUGAGUCAGGAUAAUAAAUGAAAACUGUAUCAUCAUUUCUGAUGAGAAUUUUUAGUUACUCACGUCUAAAUUGCAGUCAGAAAAAAUUUCUUCGAGAAAUUUAAAGAAAAGUAACAACUUCAACCGGUUAAGAAAUAAUCGUGGAGCCUAAAAACAAAAGGAAAGUAGCAAAAGCUGCAGAAGUAACUAAUUAGUUUAAGAAAUGUAUCAAAGUUUAUGCAUUUUUAAAAGUGAAUAUUAACAUUGAAAAUGAGGAAAUGGCUGUCUUCAUAUUCAGUUCAUGGACUUUUACAAAGAAGAUACGUAGUUACUCUACUGGGCUUCCUAUGUUCUAUAGUCACUCAAUCUCAGAGAUUGAAUAUUGCCCUUGCUAUGGUUGUUAUGGCGAAUUCCACCAAUGUAGAACCCAAAGUUUUUAGAAGAAAUUACACUGAAUGUCCAAUAACAACAGAAGAAAAAGAGUAUACUAAACUUCAUCAGUCAGAAUUUUCUUGGGAUCCAGAACUGCAAGGCUACAUUUUGAGUGCAGGAUACUUGGGUUACAUUUUAACUCAGAUACCGGGAGGAAUUCUUGCUGGAAAGUACGGUUCGAAAAUUCUUAUUGUGGGGAGUGUUUUAUUCUCAUCUAUAUGCAAUUUGCUUUCUCCAAUUGCUGCAAGACAACAUCCUUAUGUUUUUUUAGCUGUGCAAGUAAUUCGAGGAAUGAGCCAGGGUCCAAUUAUGCCAGCUAUGUCUCUUUUAAUGGCUCGAUGGUUUCCUAAAUGUGAGAGAGGUUUUCUCUCCGCAUUUAUUUACUGUGGUUUUCCUAUCGGAGCUUUCAUCUGUUCCAUACUGUCAGGCCCAAUAUGCGAAAUAGAGUUUGACAAUGGUUGGCCAUUUAUCUUUUAUAUUUUUGGGCUCUUAGGUGUUUUAGUAUCACUGCUUGUAGCAAUAUAUUAUGUAGAAACUCCUUCUCAAGAUACAAAAAUAUCAGAGAAAGAACUGCAAUAUAUAACAGAAAGUUGCACUAAUUCAUCAGAAACACCCCCUCCAACUCCCUGGUGUGCUAUUAUAUCAUCAAUUCCAACAUAUUCAUUAAUUAUUGCUUUGUUUGGACAAUACUGGAUGGCUUUUUACUUUUUGGCUGAUCAUCCUACUUAUAUGGGAACAAUUCUUCAUAUACCUAUCAAACAGAAUGGUAUUUUGUCGUCGUUUCCUCAUCUGGCGCAAUCCCUCGCUGGUUUCUUGGCCUGUUGCAUGUCUUUCUGGUUGAUUCAAAACGAUACAUCGAAAGUCAAUUUAGUUAGAAAAGGAUGCAAUAGCAUAAGUUGUUUCGGAUUUGCUUUAGGAAUGAUGGGUAUCUAUUUUUCUGGUUGUGACAAUACAUGGAAUGAAAUAUGUCUAUUCAUAGCUACUGCAGCCGUUGGAUUUGGCUUUCCUGGAAGCUUAAUUGUUUCUGUUGAUAUGUCCCCAACAUUUUGUGGUGUAGUGAUGGGUAUAACGAGUACUUUGGGCAGUUCAGCUGGAAUAGUUGUACCUGUUUUGGUUGGGGAGCUUACCAAAGAAAAGCAAAUCCUCGCACAGUGGGACAAAAUGUUCAUUAUCACAGCUGCUAUUGCGGCAGUCAGCGGAAUUGUCUUCCAUGUCUUUGGCUCCACAGAUACACAGCCUUAUGACCCAAGCUUCUCAAAAGAUGUUAAUAGUGAGAAAGUAUCGAAGCAAGAUGACUGCAAUAAAAACCAGAACUCUACCAAGCUUUGAUAAAUGGGAUCAGAGAAUUGCCAUAACGAAUCAUUUGAUCAUAGAAUUCGAGUAUUUGAUCUAAACAUAUCCAUUAAUCAAGUUGUGAUACAUCUAGAAUAAAAAUUUAUUUUAAAAAAAAA